AGCAGGAGCUGAGACAGCAAACACUUUUAGCCAUGGAAUUUCUUGCUGUCAAAGAGGAAGGAAAAAUAACAGCAUGAACGUUAGUCAGAGAGGGAAUUAGGCAGAAGCUGAUAUAUAUAAAGAAAAGCUAAAAUCACGCUGUGACUGCAGCAGUUCUACUCAAUAACUCAUUUGGCAUUAUGGCAACAUGCGAGGAGCUCAGCUUUAACGUGGAUCAUGGCUACCUGGAGGGUUUGGUUCGAGGAAUGAAAGCUGGGAUUUUGUGUCAGACUGAUUAUCAUAAUCUGGCCCAGUGUGACACACUAGAGGAUAUGAAGCUACACCUUCAGAGCACAGACUACGGUAAACUGCUGUCCUCAUCUGAGGGCGAUUUGACUGUGUCGCUGCUGGACAGCAAGCUGAGGGAGAAUCUGGUGACUGAAUUCAGCUGCCUGCGCUCUAACGCCCUGCCACCUCUGUCUACCUUCCUUGACUAUAUAAGUUACAGCUACAUGAUCGACAAUGUGGUGAUGCUGAUCACAGGGGCCCUGAAGAACAAAGAUGUGUCAGAGCUGCUCCCACGGUGUCACCCACUGGGAGCGUUUGACCAAAUGGCAGCCGUGGGUAUUGCCCGCACUCCAGCUGAACUGUACUCAGCCAUCCUGGUGGACACACCACUAGGUCAGUUUUUCCAGGAUGCCGUAUCUGAGUGCAGCCUGGAUGAGAUGGAGGCUGAGAUCCUGAGAAACAAACUGUAUAAGGCAUAUUUGCAGUCUUUCCACUCUUUCUGCAAGAGCGUUGGCGGUGCCACAAAGGACGUAAUGUGCCCUGUCCUGGAGUUUGAAGCGGACCGGCGGGCCUUCAUCAUCACCGUGAACUCCUUUGGGACGGAUCUCAGCAGUGCAGACAGGAGUGCGCUGUAUCCAUCCUGUGGCAAACUUUACCCUGGAGGACUGAAACUCCUGGCCCAGGCGGAGGACCACGAGCAGGUCAAGGCUGUGGCUGACUGCUACCCAGACUAUAAAAUGGUUUUUGAUGACCCUGAGCCUGGAUCAGAUUUUAAGACUCUUGAGGACCGAUUCUUCGAACAAGAGGUGAAGCUGAACAUACUUGCUUUCCUGCAGCAGUUCCACUUUGGAGUAUUUUACUCUUACAUCAAACUUAAGGAGCAGGAGAGUCGGAACAUUGUGUGGAUUGCCGAAUGUGUCACACAAAGACAGAAGUCAAAGAUACACAACUACAUACCCAUCUUCCAAAAGACCAGUUAACUAAGAAACAAGGAUGUUUUACUACGUUUUAGUACGGAUUAGUAAAUGUGGUGGACCAAAGUGAGUCUUCAGCAUCUUCACUGUUUGCACUACAAACCACAGCCUUGGUGUUACACUGUUAUAGCACAUCUGUUCCUCAUGUGUAUUGAGUUUCAAGACCUGAUCGCUUACGCCUCAAAUUGUUUGAAAGAAAUUACUCUUUUUAAUUCCAGACUUUGUGUUAAUAAUUGUCCUGGUCACAAAACAAAGUCUGAAAGGAAUGAUAUUCAAUAAAAAGCUGGUUUCAGCCGCUCCCUCCUCACAAUGCACUGA